AUGGGAGAUUUACCGGUGUUUGAUAUCGUCGAAACCUUGGAUGACAAUGAUGCUGUGGUCUCCGCCACUGUGACUCCCACCUCGGUGUAUGAAGACAAUUUUCAAGCUUUUUUGGAAAGGACUCAGAAUCAACAACCCAAGGAGACCCUAGAGGACAAAGCUAAGAAAAUCGCAGCUCAAACUAGAAAGAACACCAAGAUUAAUGAUGGCGGGGCUGCUACCAAGGUCAAUAUCAAUAGAAUCGUUGGUAAAAAGCGUAAACAGAAGAAACUCAUAGAAAUCAACAACAAGUACUUUGCCGAUAAUGAUGAUGAUGAUGAUGAUGAUGAUGAUGACCAUCAUCAAGUGCUGACAAAUGAAGCAACAGAAAGUUCCACCAAAAAAUCAGUACGAUUCGGUGAUCAGAAUAACAAAGAGCCCCAGAUUUCACUGUUUCAGUUAUCGAAAGAUGUGGUAAAUCAGGAUUUAUCUAAGAUGUCCUUUGAAGAGUUUAGAAAAAGCUUUAUCAAAGAGGGAACAAACUCCGACCAACCAGAAGAAUCAGAAAGAAUCGAAAUUAUUGUUCCUGAAUCCCCUGCCCCUGGAAAAGGAUUAUACGAUAUUUUGGAGGAGAAAAAGAAACAGAAGUCAAAACCUUUGAUUUAUAAGCCCACAACGAAAAAAUCAACUCCAGUCAACGACGACGAAAAGCUCAAAGUGUUGAAGAAAUCAGGGUCCAAAUCUUUCGGAUCCUUGAACAAAAAACCCACCAAGAAAUCAAAACCAAAGCCGAAAAAUUUUAUAAAAGUUCCAAACAAUAAGCUUCAAUUUUCACAAAGUUUGAAGGAUGAGCGAGUUGAAAUUUCAUCGUCGCUGGUAGAAAAAGUGAUUUCUGAUGAAAAGACUGAAGAAAUUGAACAAAAUGCGAUAAAAGUAAAUGAAAACAAUAAUGACAAUGAUAACAGUAAUAAUAAUAAUAAUAAUAAUAAUAAUAAUAAUAAUAAUCAUGAUGGUGACGAUGAUAAAAAUAAUGAUGAUAACGCCAAUCCAGACGUCCCGUUAACCAAAGUCGACUUCCAAGCUCUCAAUAAUGAUAUGGACAAUAUGGUUAAUGCGUACAUGAUGGGCAUGUACGAGGAUGACUUGGGAAUCGAAUAUGAUAUGCCAAACUCCAUCAUUGAGGAUAUCAAGGAUAUUGAAAAAUACAACCAGCAGGUACUACUAGUGGAAGAAGCUAUCCGUAAUGCUGGUGGCGAUCUGGGAGAAGAAGCGAAACAAAAUAAAGAAGACAAAAAUCAACCUGAUGAUAUUGAUUCUCAACCGUUAUUGAGUGAUUCGAUUGUCGAAAGAAAUGUUGAUUCUACGGAGUUUGAGGACAAACUUAAUAAUUAUUAUCUCCUGGAAAAUGGAGAAUAUUAUGAUGAUGAUGACAACGAUGAGGAUUAUAAUUUCAAACCAGAUAUUAUUAAUCAACAAAUUGCCGAAAGUUAUCAGAACCUUCGUCAAUAUUUCAUCAAUUCCAACUCAGGGUUCACUAGGAGAGCCGAUGAAGAGCAAGAAUUGGAACCUAUUGAUGAGCAUGGAAAUCCUCUCAAAUUCAGUAGGUUUAAGGCUGCUCAAGUGAAUCCAAAAGUCGAUUAUUUUGCAUAG